AUGGUAGGGGCUACAUUUGGCCUAUCUCAGGAAAAAGUGACAUGUAACAGACAUCCCAAAAGUGAAUUAUCCCAGUUCUGUAUCCAGUGUGAGGUUCCCUUGUGUGAGAUAUGUGUCACUUCUACUGAUCAUAGAAGACAUGAUAUUAGAGAUGUAGAGAUGCUGCUCAAUGAAAUUCACAAGAGAAAAGAUGGAGAUGCAGUUCUGAUGUGCCUUCUACUUUGUCAUUUAUACAAAAUAAAUCUGAAUGAAGAACAAUGGAUGAAGACGUAUAAUGCUGUUGCUAAAGUUUUCAAGUUCAAGAAGAUUAAAAAGGAAUCCAGUCUUGGGAAUUUGAAUGAAUACAGACCAAUACUGGAACAGAAACGUUUUGAAAUUAUGUUUUCUAGUGAAUUCUUCAAACACACCAGUUUCCUUCGAUUUGCAAAAGAUCCAAAAUUUGUAGAUAUAUUUCUGACUUUGGCAGAAAAAGAAAACGUAGCUGAGUACUGUAGAUCCUGGGCUUAUCCAAAGAAAGAAAACGAAGUCUUUUGCUGGUUAUUGCCAAAACAAACAGAACAGUUAAUAGAAAAACUUGGAGAGGAUAUUUUUACUCACCCAACAUGGCAGGACACAUCGAUUUAUGAAGCUGUAUUUAGCAACCUUGGCAUUCCACUCCAGGUCAUAAUGAGGGGAGACAAUUCAGUGAAGGUUUUCAUUGAAAAUUUAAAGAAAGGGGAGACGACGAUGUAUCACACAUCUGGGAUGAUUGUAGGAUGUGCGAGUAGUGGAAAAACAACAUUGUUAGAGAGAUUAAAGGGAAUAAGUGUGAAAAAGAUUAAGAAAAAUACCAAAUCAACAAGAGGAAUAAAUCUUCACUCUGACAUUUUUGAUGUAGCAGACACAAUCAAAGUUGAGUCGUCAAAUCGAAAACAGCACUUCAAUGUUAAAAUUGAUAAAACAACACAACACCAGAAUGUUCCAAAACAGCCUGUAAAACUAAUUGAUGACAGGAAAGCUCAAGAUAUUGAUAACAAAGACACUGGUAGCAGAGCAGUUUAUGAUAAACAAAUGUCACGCGACAGCAUUAGGGUAGAAACGGAUUCAUUAAAUAGAAAUGAAGCUACUGCAUUUUCUGAAAAAGAAAAGGAGAGAGUAGUUGAAGAACACGAAAAUGUUGAGGGAUUAGAAAGUUUGGGAAUUUUACCAGUUCUAAAAGAUGAUUCUCUUGACCCUGGAAAAAGAAUCACCAUUGUCGACUUUGCUGGUCAAUGUGCAUAUUAUGCCUCACACCAGAUUUUUCUGAGUCCACGAGCAUUCUUCAUUCUUGUGCUCAAUAUGGAGAAAAAGUUUGAUGACAAGGUUGGCGAAGAAGUGUGUAGCCAGGAAGGCUCCAUUUACAGGGGAUGGACACACAGAGAUUAUCUAACCUUCUGGGCAAAGUCCAUUCAUCAAUACAGCAGUGUAAGGGCUCCCGUUUUACUGGUCGCUACUCACUCUGAAAAAAAGACAAAGAAGGAGAAAGAAGAGUUCUUCCGCGAGGUGUGGAAGACUCUGGACACGAAAGACAAGUCGUUACAAAGGCAUCUUGACAAUGCAAGGAUGUUUACAGUAGGAUUCCAUGACAAUAAAUGUAUUGAAAAAAUCAAACUUUCAAUUGCUGAUGUUGUUCAGAAGCUUGAUCACUGGGGAGAAAGGCUUCCGCAAUCAUGGGCUAUGUUUGAAAACUUUUUCCAGGAGAAGAAAAACCUUAAAGUAGUCAAUAAAGGGACACUUUUGGCUUUCAAUGAAGCUUUGCCACAAGACUUAAAAUUGGAAACAGUAGAAGAUAUUAAUAUCAUGUUGCAGUUUUUCCAUGAUAUCAAAGAAAUUUUGUAUUUUAACCAAGAAUUCCUCAGAGAAAUAAUUAUUCUUGAUGUUCAGUGGUUUGCAGAUGCAUUCAAAAAUGUUAUCACUGACAAAAACCAUGCAGAGGAAGACUUAUUUCAGUUUGCAAAAGAAUGGGAUAAAUUCAAUGAAACUGGAGAACUGAAUGACACACUGUUGUCUGCAAUAUGGAAAAUGUACAAUAAUGGAUACCUUGAACACAAAGAAGAUAUCAUGCUCUAUAUGGAGAGGCUAGGGCUCAUGGCUAAACUGGAUGACAAAAAAUGGUAUGUUCCCUGUAUGAACAAGAGACCAUUUCCUGCGGAAUGCUUUUCAUCAUACCCUGCCUCGUCCAUUCUUUGUUUCGUGUUUGAUGUUCUUCCUGCUGGUAUUUUUCAGCGCCUUGUAGCAAGUUGCAUCCAAAUACCAUGGAAGCUCAAUUCAAAUCGUGAUCAACAAUGCAUUUACCAGACAGCUGCUGUGUUUCUGUUUGAGAACCAUAACAUUCUACUUGGUAUGACACCAACAGAAGUUCAGUUACAAGUGUUUGUAAUUGAAGGAGAAAUCGAUAAAUCAACAUGUCAACAAAUAAAGAGGAAAAUCGACGAUAUACUUAACGUUCUUUCCGAAACAUUCCAUACAGACUCUAAAUUCAUUCUUGCUUUCAAAUGCAAAACUACAGGAUUUUGUGAUAGCCAAGAAAGUUCUGUGAUCAGCGAAUCAGAAUUUACAAAACCAACCUUUCAGUGUCCUUCCUGUCCAAUAGAGAGAAAGCACAUCAUCAACUCAAAGAAUGUCAUGAAAUAUUGGAUACAGGUGCAGGACAAUGAAGCUGAACCUACUGAAGCUAAAGGUAUGUGUAAAGGUUCACCGCCAGGGAGUUCUGGAACCAGUGAGUCACAUACCAAAGAUAAUUUUGCCAAGAUUCUAAAGUUGUUGCACAUUGGGACUGACGCAGUAAGGAUCUGCUUUGAUAAAUUCCUCCCUAAAAAGAAUUUGGAAAAGACUCUGAAAGAAAAUGAACCAGACAUGAGAAGAGGACAGUUCCGAUUUCAACAACCUCAACUAGAGAUUCUCUUCCCUACGCAAGGUGGAUCCAAAACCAGUGUAUCAUCUUUAUCUAUGGACGUUACAAUCAUGUAUAAAUUGUUGCGGAAUUUCUCUGACAUUGGUCCUCCUGGGAAUGGAUGGGGAAAGGAACCUAAAAUAGUUGACAUCAAAGAGGGUGAUGACAUAGAGAGGAUUCGUUUAUAUAGAAAUAGAUACAGCCAUGAUCCAGGAAGUAGCCCUGUAAUGAGUGAUGAUGUUUUUAAAAUUAUUUGGGAUGAUCUUUCUAAGGCCAUACUAAGACUUAGUGGUGAUGUUUUGAAGAGAAGAAUAAAUGAAAUUGAACUGAGUGGAUAUUGGAAUUCGAUAAUAUAAACGUGACAGCAACGAACAUUUCUGUAGGAAAAAAAGAAGAGGACCUGAUGUCUUCAUGAUGAUUUUAAAUCACAUCCAUUGUGAAAAUUUAAACAAUAAAAUGCUUUCUUUGGUUGAAAGU